AUGCUUGCAUUCUACAGUUUAAAAUGGCAUACAUAUCUAAGUAGUCCCACAAAUACCACAAUAAUUGUCUGUAUUCAAAUCUUUUUCCUAGUCUAACUCAAUAAACUGAGUGAGUUUAUUUGUCAUCUAGAACAUGCCUGUGAAUUUACUAAUGUCAAGGAAAGGCAAAAGUUGUUGAAUAGAAUUUCCAAGAGCUCCCCAGACAAUUUAUCUACUGAUAUACAUGAAACUUAUAAAUCUCCUUUUGUUUUGGUCAACCACACUCAUAUCGAUUCCUAGUAUUCUUUCUGA